AGAGAUACCCGUACGGGCCACCAUGGUUGGAGCUCGAAAAGAUUCCAGUGAGAUUUAAUUACUACUUAAAGCAUAAACUUACAAUUACUUUGAAAAAUAUUUGCUAGUAAUAGUAAGAUAAAUUACUAGGAGCAUUCUAAAUCGCCGGCUCAACCCCAAGUCAAGAUGAGAGAGCCCGAAGGCCGAUCUCAAUAUUAGCACUCCUACUAGAUCUCUCCACUUACUUCUGAUCUCUUUGCAUCUCUGCUCGAUCAGCCACAUUUCUUUCCAGAUUACGGUCUGAUUCCAAUAAACUGAUCAGCAUAGUGUUCUUUGCACUCAACAGUGAAGCAGUAAGAUGGUGAGAUAAGGAAACUGAGUGAUGCUUUGAGAUACUGAUAUGUUGCCUUCAAUCUAGAUGAAGACAACUCGUGCAUGGCAGCUAGGUGUAAAAGAUAUUCUAGUCAUGUCUAGUUCAAGACAGCGCCCGCAUCUGAAGAGGCCAGUGUGGAUUAUUGUAUUGGUAACUUUAGUGAGCAUAUUUUUGAUUACUGCCUAUGUCUACCCUCCAACAAGUUCGGCAGCCUGCUAUAUAUUUUCUUCAAGGGGUUGUACUUUGUACAACCAGCCACCGACAUUUCCUUCUAGGGAAUUAAGUGAUGAUGAGACAAUAUCUCAGGUUGUAAUUAGGGAAAUCCUCAAGACACCUCCUAUACUAUCGAAGAAAUCGAAAAUUGCUUUCCUGUUUUUGACUCCAGGGACAUUACCUUUUGAGGAACUGUGGGAUAAGUUCUUUCGCGGCCAUGAGCACAGAUUCUCUGUUUUUGUACAUGCUUCCAAAGGAAAGCCAGUACACACAAGUCGUUAUUUUAUUGGUCGAGACAUUCACAGUGAAAAGGUGGUUUGGGGAAAAAUUUCCAUGGUUGAUGCUGAGAGGAGACUGUUAGCACAUGCACUUUUAGACCCUGAUAACCAGCAGUUUGUGUUGCUCUCAGAUAGUUGCAUACCACUACACAACUUUGACUAUGUGUACAACUACCUGAUGCUAACCAAUGUCAGCUUUAUUGACAGUUUUGUGGAUCUUGGUCCACAUGGAACCGGGAGGUAUUCAGAGCAUAUGAUGCCCGAAGUUGAAAAGAGCGCUUUCCGGAAAGGUUCACAGUGGUUUUCCUUGAAGCGACAGCAUGCUAUAAUAAUUAUGGCAGACAGCCUAUAUUACACAAAAUUUAGGCUUUACUGCAAGCCAAAUAUGGAUGGGCGCAAUUGCUAUGCAGAUGAGCAUUACUUGCCAACCUUUUUCAAUAUGAUUGAUCCUGGCGGAAUCGCAAAUAGGUCAGUAACAUAUGUUGAUUGGUCUGAAGCAAAGUGGCAUCCCAGAUCAUUUAGGGCUCAAGAUAUUACAUAUGAGUUCCUCAGGAACCUUACGUCCAUUGACAAGAGCGUACAUUUCACGAGUGAUCCAAAGAGGAGAGUGAUUACGGGGCCUUGCUUGUGGAACACAGUGAAGCGACCGUGUUAUUUAUUUGCACGAAAGUUUUAUCCAGAAACCCUGGACAGAUUGAUGAUCCAUUUCUCUAAUUACACAACAGUGUAGGGCUUUCCUAAUGAUAAAUGUUAUUAUUCUUUUGGUGGGAUCAAUGUCAUUUUAUCCCCUGCCUCGCUUCCCAUUGUUAAUUAAACAAAAUCUCCGAUAUUUUUCAAUGAUAAAUUUUGAUAUUAGUAU